GUCACUAACCUUUUCAAAUGGCAUCAUCAUCAUCAUCUUCUUCUUCUACAGUCAAAUUCAUAGAAAAAGCCUUCCUUGCCACCGGUUCCUUUGCUCUAUCUUACACCGACCCUGAUCAGAAAUGGCUAAUCAGAAAGCAUCUAACUUCAUUCCUCCAAGACUAUCCAAACUGGGAGCUUUCAACUGAUACUUUCAAUCACAACAACGGAGCCAGAGUGUUUAUAAACCCUGAUUUGACCACUACACAACUCCCAACCGUGCAAUUAACCAUUUGGAUUCACGAAAACUACCCAAUAACGCCUCCUCUAGUGUUUAUAAACCCUGAUUUGACCACUACACAACUCCCAACCGUGCAAUUAACCAUUUGGAUUCACGAAAACUACCCAAUAACGCCUCCUCUAGUGUUUAUAAACCCUGAUUUGACCACUACACAACUCCCAACCGUGCAAUUAACCAUUUGGAUUCACGAAAACUACCCAAUAACGCCUCCUCUAGUGUUUAUAAACCCUGAUUUGACCACUACACAACUCCCAACCGUGCAAUUAACCAUUUGGAUUCACGAAAACUACCCAAUAACGCCUCCUCUAGUGUUUAUAAACCCUGAUUUGAUUCCAAUUCGCACCAACAACCCAUUCGUCAGUUCUUCAGGAUUCACAAACUCUAGAUACAUCGAUAUAUGGGAAUACCCACGAUGAAAUUUACUCAAUUUCAUUCGUAACCUCAAGAAAGUUCUCGCUAACAAUCACCCUUUUGUACUCACUGAUUCAAUCCCUACCCGGAACCUAUAGAUUUCGAGAACCGAAGAUUUAGAUCGAUUAGCCACGAGUCUCCACUACGACGUUCUAACAAUCAUGGAGAGAUCAGAGGAAGAGAUUGAAAAUGAGUGCUGAUUUGUUUCGAUGAAAGCUUCCAUCGCCGAUCAAUCCUGGUUUUUGGGUAUUAUCGGAGCAACGACAAUUAGAGAGAGGAGGAAGAAGAAGAGAGAUA